CGCCGCCGAGGGCCUGCGUGCGCAGGCGCCGCAGGAGGUGCUGCGCUGCCUCCCGGUUCCGGGCUUCCUCCACUUUCUCCGGGCGUCUGGCUCCUGCGGCGGGUGACCCCGUCCCCCGCGCCGUGGGCGUGUGGCAGAGACCAUGGAGGAGGCCCAGGCCCCGAGCCUGACCGCGGAGCCGGCCGAGGGGCGCGCCCAGAGCCCGCAGGCGCAGGACCCGGGGCUGCUGUACCAGGAGGAAACCAUCGAUCUCGGGGGGGACGAGUUCGGGUCGGAGGAGAUCGAGACCGUGUCGGAGGACUCCAGCACCUUCGUGGACAAGCUCAGUGAGCACAUGAUGGAGAGCGUGCUCAUUUCCGACUCUCCCAACAACAGCGAGGACGACGCGGGCGACCUUGGCGGCGUGCAGGAGGCCGCCGAGGGCAGCGUGGACCCCAGGCUGGACGGUGCCACCGGCCAAGGUGUGGCCCACACUCCGAGGCGGGAUGGCGAGAGUGACGCAGAUGAGGCACCUCAGGACGUGACCCCCGGCGUGAGCCCCGGGAGCCGGGCCUCCUCGGAGGAGGACCUGGGGCCGGAAGGCAGAGGCCCGCGCACCUGCGCGGACGAGGGCGCGGGGGACUCGGGCUCCAGGAGCCAGGGCCCGCUCCCCAGGGCGCCAGGCCCGUCCUCCGGGCAGCCCUCGCCCAAGGACGAGCCCGUGCCCGUGUGCACCAUCUUCAGCCAGUCGCAGCCUGCGGCCGCCCCGUCCCCCCCCUUUCUGCAGGACGGCUUCGAGUCCCAGGUGGUGAAGUCGCCGAGUUUCAGCGGGGCCGGCCGGCCGGCCGCCCGGACCCCUCCCCCGGCGGUGCAGCCCAGCCCCAGCCUGAGCACGUUCUUCGGGGAGACGGCCAGCACCAACUCCCUGGCCUCCGAGUUCUUUGACUCGUUCACAACAUCCGCGUUCAUUUCCGUCAGCAACCCCAACGCGGGGGCUGCCGUUCCAGAGCCGCUGUCCCCGCGUGCGUCCCCGGUGGCAGGGGUCCCCCCGGGUCCCGUGGAGCCCCGCCCCACCGUGUCAGAGCUGGCCAGCCCCACGGCCGCGCUGGAAACCCCCCGGUCUCCAAAGCCGUUCCCGCAGAUCCAGGCCGUGUUCGCGGGGAGCGAGGACCCCUUCGCCACGGCCCUGAGCAUGAGCGAGAUGGACCGGCGGAGCGACGCCUGGCUGCCCGGGGAGGGGACCAGGGACAUCCUGAAUUCGGUGGCCGCCCAACAGUACAGCACCGUGUUCAUAGACAAGGAGAACCUCACCAUGCCCGGCCUCAAGUUCGACAACAUCCAGGGAGACGCGGUGAAGGACUUGGUGCUCCGCUUCCUGGGCGAGAAGGUGGCGGCGAAGAGGCAGGUCCCGAACGCCAGCUCGGUGGAGCAGUCCUUCGUGGGGCUGAGGCAGCUGAUAAGCUGCAGAAACUGGAGGGCGGCGGUGGACCUGUGCGGGCGCCUCCUCACGGCCCACGGCCAAGGCUACGGCAAGAGCGGGCUGCCCACCAGCCACACGGCGGACUCGCUGCAGCUCUGGUUCGUGCGGCUGGCGCUGCUGGUGAAGCUGGGCCUCUUCCAGAACGCCGAGAUGGAGUUCGAGCCCUUCGGCGACCUGGACCAGCCGGACCUCUACUACGAGUACUACCCGCACGUGUACCCGGGGCGCAGGGGCUCCAUGGUGCCCUUCUCCAUGCGGAUCCUGCACGCGGAGCUGCACCAGUACCUAGGCCGCCCCCAGGAGUCGCUGGACCGGCUGCACCGGGUGGAGGCCGUCUGCGGCAAGAUCCUGGCGCACCUGGAGCAGGGCCUGGCCGAGGACGGCAGCGUGGGCACCAUCACGCCGGAGAACAGGCAGGCCUCCGUGCAGCUGUGGCGGUCCCGCCUGGGCCGGGCGACCUGCUCCAUGGCCAACUGCCUGCUGCUGAUGAAGGACUACGUGCUGGCCGUGGACGCGUACCGCUCGGUCAUCCAGUUCCACCCCGAGCAGGAGCCGCAGCUGCUCAGCGGCAUCGGCCGCAUCUUCCUGCAGAUCGGAGACAUAAAGACGGCGGAGAAGUACUUCCAGGACGUGGAGAAGGCGGCCCAGAAGCAGGACGGGCCGCAGGGGAGGACGGUGGUGCUGAUGAACAGAGCUUUCCUUCACCUCGGCCAGAAUGACUUUGCAGAAGCGCACAGAUUCUUCACGGAAAUUUUGAGGAUUGACCCCACAAAUGCCGUGGCCAACAACAACGCGGCCGUGUGCCUGCUCUACCUGGGCAGACUCAAGGACUCGCUGCGGCAGCUGGAGGCCAUGGUGCAGCGCGACCCCGGGCGCUGCCUGCACGAGAGCGUGCUCUUCAACCUGAGCACCAUGUACGAGCUGGAGUCCUCCCGCAGCGCGCAAAAGAAGCAGGCCCUGCUGGGGGCCGUGGCCGCCAGGGAGGGCGACAGCUUCAACACCCAGUGCCUCAAGCUGGCCUAGGCCGGGCUGCACCGAGGAGCCGGUCUGCGAACCUGGGGGGGCCUCUCGCUGGGAGCUCAGGGCCCGUGUCCUUGGUGCUCGAUGCAGCCAGCUCGACCCACAGCGCUGCGCCGUCCGAGGACGGGGGCCCCAGACAGGACCCUCGCCGGCCUGAGUGCUCCACUGGUUGUGAGUGCCCCGGAGAAAAGCCGCACACGCACCUGCACCAUCCUCGCUCUGCGCCUGCAUGCCCAGGGUGCCGGGAGCAGGCAGAGACACCCAGUGAGACUCGCUUCUCUCCUCCCACCCCCAGGCCGAACACAACCGUCUCACUCCCGACGCCCAUUCAGCCCCUGUGGAGCCCCUUGGGCGAGCCGGGCCACAAGGGCGGGCUCUGGGUUCUGCACGUCCCAGGGAGGUGGGGUGUGCGGGGGAAUCUGUCGGAGAAUCCGGGUGCUGCAUCGCUGCCCCGGGCAGGUGUCCAGAGGGGCGUCUGCUCUCCCACCCGGACGUCCCUGCAGCUCUCAGCCGGCCCCUUCUCCCCAGAGAAGCCCCCGCCGGGGUGCACCUGGCAGCUGGGUUUGCCGGGGCCUCCGGGGUGGCACUGGUGUCUCAGACGGACGCAAGUGUGUGCACACCUAGCGCAGCUGUGUCCUGUCCGUGUCGGUGACAGAGCGACCUCAGUGCAGUGGUUGAAACAGGUCAGCUACGCGCCGAGGCGGAGGAAAGGACGAGGUGGCCAGGGGCCUGUUGGGGCUUUGGAGUCUCUCUCCUCGAGGGGAGGGAAGAGGCCCCGGCUGGGGUAGCCCCGCGGGCGGGCGGUGUCCAGCACAGCGAAGGGGCGCAGGCCCAGGCUGCGGGUUCGGUCCCCGGGCGGGGUGCGCCCAAAAGGCCACUGGUGGGUUUCUCUCUCACAUCAAUGUUUCUCUCCCUCUGUCCCCCCCUUCCUCUCUAAAAUCAAAAAUAAAAUUAAAAACAGGGAAA